AUGAAAGGGUUUAAGACGACGCUGGCCAUUUGGGGAAGUCUGUUAUCAUCAUGUACGGGAGCGAUCCAAUUACAGAAGAGGACCAGCGGACCACCGAGGGUUGUAGGUUUUCCAAUCGAGAGGAAUACGAUACCGAAUCCAGUCGCGAGGGACAGGUUACGGAGGAGGGCCGAUACUGUACAGGUAACGUUGGACAAUGAAGAAACUUUAUAUUUUGUGAAUGCCACUUUGGGAACACCAGCACAAAGUUUCCGGUUACACCUCGACACGGGGAGUAGCGAUCUUUGGGUAAAUGCAGCGUCUUCGAAGUUAUGCAAAUCAAGAACGAGUCCAUGCGCAUUUGCAGGUACAUAUUCAGCCAACUCUUCGUCCACGUAUUCCUACGUCUCGAGUUUGUUCAAUAUUUCUUAUGUAGAUGGAUCAGGCGCCUCAGGAGAUUAUGUGACGGAUAAAUUCACAGUCGGUACGACAAGUCUAGCGAGUUUGCAGUUUGGAGUUGGCUACACGAGCUCAACGAACGAAGGAAUCUUGGGAAUCGGGUAUGAGAUCAACGAAGUGCAGGUUGGGAGGGCUGGGCAGAAGGCUUACAGGAAUUUGCCGUCGCAAAUGGUGGAGGAUGGACUCAUCAAGUCGAGCGCUUACAGUCUAUGGCUGAACGAUCUUGAUGCAAAUACAGGCAGCAUCUUGUUUGGGGGAGUCGAUACAGGAAAGUACACCGGAUCGCUUCAGAGCCUUCCAGUCCAGGCCGAGCGCGGAUCCUACGUCGAGUUCCUCAUCACUCUCACAGAAGUCAGCUUUGGUGACACGGUAAUCGCGAGCAACCAGGCUCAAGCUGUGCUGCUCGAUUCAGGAUCUUCCCUCACAUACCUCCCGGACCCCAUAGCAGAGGCCAUCUACGAGCAAAUCGACGCCCAAUACGAAUCUUCCGAAGAUGUAGCCUACGUACCUUGCUCCCUAGCAGGAGCGACCACUACCAUCAACUUCAAAUUCUCCGGACCGGUCAUUGCAGUUCCCAUGAACGAACUUGUCAUCCCCGCGGAAUCCGCCAGCGGGAGACCGCUCACCUUUUCCGACGGCACACCAUCCUGUCUGUUUGGAAUCGCACCAGCAGGAUCCGACACCUCUGUCUUGGGCGACACCUUUAUCCGGUCGGCUUACAUCGUCUACGACUUGGCCAACAACGAGAUAUCUCUCGCGCAAACGAAUUUCAACUCGACCAUCUCGAACGUCGUCGAGAUCACGACAGGGACGGCUUCCGUGCCCGAUGCAACAGCCGUUUCAAACCCAGUGGCAGCAGAUAGCGGUGAUGCCGCCGGAAAAACUGGGACGAACGGACUUGGGGGAACUGCGACUUCGAAAGGCGCAGCGCAGAGAACUGCGGCGCCGAUAAGUAUCGGUGCUGUGGCUGCUUUUGGGGCUGGGGUGGUGUAUGCAGCCAUGUGA